AUGAAACUCCUCAGUUAUAUUUUGGCUUAUCGACAACUUCUCCUUGUGGUGUUCAGUGUGCUGGUUCUACUGCCGCUUCCUCUCGUCCUCCACGCUAAGGAAGCAGAAUGUGCCUACGUACUCUUCGUUGUAGCCAUAUUUUGGAUCACAGAAGCUCUACCUCUGUCAGUCACAGCUUUGCUGCCUGGUUUAAUGUUCCCCAUGUUUGGGAUCAUGCGUUCUACACACGUGGCAUCUGCUUAUUUCAAAGACUUUCACCUGCUGCUAAUUGGAGUCAUCUGUUUAGCAACCUCAAUAGAAAAAUGGAAUUUGCACAAGAGGAUUGCUCUGAGGAUGGUGAUGAUGGUGGGUGUGAACCCAGCACGACUGACGCUGGGGUUCAUGAGCAGCACUGCCCUCCUAUCCAUGUGGCUUAGCAACACCUCUACUACUGCCAUGGUGAUGCCCAUCGUGGAAGCUGUGGCCCAGCAGAUCAUCAGUGCUGAAGCAGAGGCCGAGGACACUCAGAUGACUUAUUACAAUGAAUCUGCCAACCGUGUCAUGGAAGUUGAUGAAACUGUUAUUGGACAAGAAACAAGUAAGAAGAAAGAGAAAACAAAACCAAAAUACAGUAAUGAUACAGAGAAAGUUUCAAGCAAGAUGGAUAUGGAAAAGAACUCAGUCACAGGAACAAAAUAUCGGUCAAAGAAGGAUCACAUGAUGUGUAAACUUAUGUGUUUGUCUAUUGCUUACUCUUCUACCAUUGGUGGAUUGACAACAACUACUGGUACCUCCACAAACUUGAUCUUCACUGAGCAUUUCAACACACGCUAUCCUGAUUGUGAUUGCCUCAACUUUGGAUCAUGGUUUUUGUUUUCCUUCCCAAUUGCUAUUAUUCUUCUACUCUUAUCCUGGAUCUGGCUUCAGUGGCUUUUCCUAGGAUUCAAUUUUAAGGAGUUGUUCAAAUGUGGCAAAACCAAAACUGUCAAAGAAAAAGCUUGUGCUGAGGUGAUCAAGCAAGAAUACAAAAAACUUGGCCCAAUGAGGUAUCAAGAAAUCGUGACCUUGAUUCUCUUCAUUAUAAUGGCCCUUUUAUGGUUUAGCCGAGAUCCUGGCUUUGUCUCUGGUUGGUCUGAACUUUUUUCAGAGAACCCUGGUUUUGUUACAGAUUCAACUGUUGCCUUAAUUGUAGGACUCCUUUUUUUUAUAAUUCCAGCUAAAACACUGACAAAAACUACACCUACAGGAGAAACUGUUGCUUUUGGUUACUCUCCACUGAUUACUUGGAAAGAAUUCCAGUCAUUCAUGCCUUGGGAUAUAGCCAUUCUUGUUGGUGGAGGGUUUGCCCUGGCAGAUGGCUGUGAGGUAUCAGGACUAUCUAAGUGGAUAGGAAAUAAAUUGUCUCCUCUAGGUUCAUUACCAGUAUGGCUAAUAAUUCUGAUAUCUUCUUUGAUGGUCACAUCUUUAACAGAGGUAGCCAGUAACCCAGCUACCAUCACCAUCCUCUUCCCAAUAUUAGCUCCACUGUCUGAAGCCAUUCGUGUGAACCCUCUUCAUAUUUUGCUGCCUUCUACUCUGUGUACUUCAUUUGCAUUCCUUCUACCAGUAGCAAAUCCACCCAAUGCCAUUGUUUUCUCAUAUGGCCAUCUGAAAGUUAUAGACAUGGUUAAAGCUGGACUUGGUGUUAAUAUUUUGGGUGUUGCAGUGGUGAUGCUCGGCAUGUUCACUUGGAUUGAACCCAUGUUUGACCUCAACACUUACCCUUCUUGGGCUCCUGCAAUUGUUAAUGACACCAUGCCAUGA